GGUUACCGGCUGAAGAAGAAGAAGAAGAAGAAGAAGAAGAAGAAGAAGAAAAGGAAGAAAAAGAAGAAAAUGCCGAAGGUGGUGUCGCGAUCGGUGGUUUGCUCCGACACCCGGGAUCGUGAGGAGUAUGACGACGGCGAGAAGCCGCUGCACGUGUAUUACUGUCUGUGCGGACAGAUGGUGCUGGUGCUGGAUUGCCAGCUCGAGAAACUGCCCAUGAGGCCCCGGGAUCGGGCUCGUGUGAUUGAUGCGGCCAAACACGCCCACAAGUUCUGUAACACGGAGGAGGAGGAGAACGUCUAUCUCCGAAGACCUGAUGGUAUCGAGCGACAGUAUAGGAAGAAGUGUGGCAAGUGCGGACUCCUCCUUUUCUAUCAGCACCAGCAGAAGAACGCUCCUGUGACCUUCAUUGUGGAUGGGGCUGUGGUCAAGUUUGGACAAGGCUUCGGAAAAACCAAUAUCUACAGUCAGAAACAAGAGCCACCCAAGAAGGUGAUGAUGACCAAAAGGACGAAGGACAUGGGCAAGUUCAGCUCGGUCACAGUCUCCACCAUCGAUGAAGAGGAAGAAGAGAUCGAGGCCAGAGAAAUUGCCGACUCCUACGCCCAGAAUGCCAAAGUGAUUGAAAAGCAGCUGGAGCGCAAGGGCAUGAGCAAACGGAGGCUGCAGGAGCUGGCCGAAUUGGAAGCCAAGAAAGCCAAGAUGAAGGGAACCUUGAUCGAUAACCAGUUCAAGUGACAGAGGCUUGUAAUGGGCCGAGAAGGGCUCCUCCAACACAGGGUGGCCCGUCAGCCUUCAGCGGACCACCCGCCCGGACUCGUCUCCGGUUUCUGACUACGACACGACGAUCCCAGGCCAGGAGAACAUUUAAAAACUCUUUCUGUACAUAUGUGUUCUCUAAGCUGUAUUGUACCCAGUGGGCAUUUCACUUAAACUCUGACAAACUUUCUGCCAGUAAUGGAAAUGGAUCCAUAUUCAGGCUACUCCACACCUUGGGUCUGAUGGCUGUCGUGGCGUGCUUUCUCAGGUCUGGCUGGAACCGGGAAGAGCAGCAGGAACUCCUGUCCAAGGGUCCAGGAGGCAGCCCCAUUCCAGAGCCUAGACUUCUGCUGGGAAAAGUCCAGGUGAUUCGGGAGCUACCUUCUGGAUUUUAGGGUUUGGUGUUGGCCGAUAGGGAGAUGAGAUCCUGUAGCCCCAUUGUUUCAUAACUGUGAGGGCCUUAAUACAACUGAAGUAUUGAUAUGGGAGGAGUACUGUUUGUGAAAUAAUAAAGCACAAGACGUGACCUUUU